AUGACUAGUAAUAACAAUAAGGAUGCUCCCGCCUCCCCCGACAAGGGCAAUGAGCAGCCACAACAAGCCAACAGUCCGAGGAGGAGCCGAACCAAUCGAGAGGAUGCUGUCACGCCACCAAGGCCAAGAGGGUCUAGGCUUGAAACUGGUGCAUCUUCUACUGCUGUGACUCCAACUGCUGGUGCUACUCCAUCAAGUCCAGAAAGGACUGCAGGGAGUGGUGCUGAUGUUGAUUCCAGUGCUGUUGACACUGCUGCAGCGCCUGGAGAAGGGUCUUCCUCAAGAAAACGAUCUGGGAAGCCCCCUGAAGAGGGCAGUUCCCCAGUGCUUAAGAGGGCUAAAGGGGAAACGGAUAUAAAUCCUGACGCUGAACCUACGUGCUCCACAUGUGGCAGAAUAUUUUCCUCUUGGAAGGCCGUUUUCGGCCAUAUGCGAGCACAUCCUGAUCGCGGUUGGAGAGGUGCUUUUCCUCCACCGGAAUGGUCUCCAGAAAAGCCUGGUGAUCAGCAGGGAGAUCCGAGUGCAUUGCAAAGCCAAUUAGCGCCAACUCUGCUAAAUUUGGCGCAGGAAACUCUAGAAAAGAUAAAGCAGGAUCAAGGUGAGGCUGGUUCUUCGACAAGCAGAAGAAACUUUGAUCUCAAUACUGAACCACCGAGAGAAUCUAUUUCUGGAUCUUCUUCGCCUAGCGAUAGAGACAGUUUUGAUCUGAAUAAACCCCCCAAAACUGAAAAAAGUGGUAAUGAUGGAUCAUCCCAAUAG